CCGUCUCCUCCUCCUCUGGUGUCCGCCUCUCGUCUCACCUUAUCCCUUUCUCCUCCCCCUUCCCCACUCGACCCACCCACGGCCACCGCCGAUGAUGUCCAUCACCUCCACCGCCGGGACCCCGCUCUGCCCGCCGCCCGUCUCCAGGACGGACGGCACGGAGGCAGGUGCGCCGUCCGAGCCCAAGCGGCCGGAGACGGGGGAGCGGCGGAUUCGUCCGAGCAGAAGUCUGUGGAGAUAAUGCGCCAGUUCUCGGAGCAGUACGCCCGCCGCUCCAGCACCUUCUUCUGCUCCGACAAGUCCGUCACCGCCGUCGUCAUCAAGAAGAAAAAACCUAUUUUUUGCAUGGGCUUGCUAACCACAAGGAUGAACUUGGAGCUCCUCUCUGCCCCUGCAGGCAUUACGACGACAAGGCCGCCGAGGCGGCCCAAGGCUUCUGGAACUACCCGUGCGUCCUGCGAGAAAGGUGUUUAUGAAGCUCUGGAACUGAGGGAUGGUGGGUCUGACUACUUGGGCAAGGGGAUUUCCAAGGCUUGCAUCCAUUCCACUUAACAUUAUCGUCACAUUAUUUAAAUCUAUGUCACAUUUCCAAGGUUUGCAUCCAUUUUGAGCGAAUUUUAUCUUAACAUGCUUUAAAUCUGUGUCAUGGUUCUUUGUGAUUUGAUAUGACUGCUUGUUAUGUUUUGUGGCCUUAACUCUACGCUCCUGUUACAUUAGCAAUACUGUCAUCAGCUUUCACAUUAACUACCUUCUUAGCAUGAUAACUUGUCCUCCCAUACUUAUUAUGUGUACCAAACAAGUGAUAGUGUAGCUUCUGAAUUAUCCUGUUUUGGCACGAUAUGUUAUUGUGCCAUGCUGGUUUCUGCAUUGCAUUUCUUUUAAUAUACCCUACCAUUGAUCUGUUUUUUCAUCACCUAUUAUUUCCUUAAUAAUACACCGAAUUGCUGAAGACUACCAUAAAACGAGCAGCUGAUGAUCAUUUAGUGGACGUUUUGUUAACUGCAUACUAAACCUGAUGUUUAACUAAAUAGUAAAUAUUCCGGUGAUUACUAUUGUAGGUGGCACUUAACUGUAUAUUCCCAUUUGCAUCUACAGUUUAGUUCUUCUAAUAUUCACAUGUUUUUGUUGUUCUGCUGCACGCUGUUAGCAAUGUGAACUCCAUUAUUGCACCCGCUUUGAUCGGCAAGGUCCCUACCGCUCAAACUGAUCUCGACAACUUUAUGGUUCAGCAGCUUCCUCUCCUAACCCUCACUGCCGCCUCGUCCUCCUUCCCUCCCUCUUCUUCUAUUCCUCUUCGGCGGCGGCUUCAGACAGACCUCGCUAGCUAGGGUUUCGGGCGGCGGAAGGAAGGAAGUCGGAAGGAAGAUGAGCCGCAGCCUGGGUAUCCCGGUGAAGCUGCUGCACGGGGCGGCGGGGCAUGUGGUGACGGUGGAGCUCAAGACCGGCGAGGUCUACCGGGGCUCCAUGAUUGAGUGCGAGGACAACUGGAACUGCCAGAUCGAGAACAUCACAUUCACAGCAAAGGUACCAAUCCCUCUCUUCAUCUCCUCCUCCCCCUCAUCUCCAUCUCGUGGAUGCCUAGCAAGGUGUCGCAGCUGGAGCACGUCUUCAUCAUGGGCAGCAGGGUCCGGUUCAUGAUCAUCUCCGACAUGCUCAAGAACGCGCCCAUGGUCAAGCUCCUAGAGGCCAGGAUAAGGGGCAAGGGGUCGGCCAUCGGUGUAGGGCGCGGCCGCGCUCUCGCCAUGCGUGCCAUGAGUGUGCUGAUUGAGCCAACCAGUGGCAACACAGACAUUGGGCUGGCCUUCAUGGCUGCUGCCAAGGGUUACAGACUUGUACUCACGAUGCCCGCCUCCAUGAGUAUGGAGAGGAGAAUCAUCCUGAAGGCUUUUGGUGCUGAGCUAAUCCUCACAGACCCACUUUUGGGAAUGAAAGGAGCUAUAUCAUUCAAAAGUUGUAUUGAGCAGUUUUUACAAUGUACACCACCCUAAUUAAUAUUUCUCCGGGUGAAGGCAUGCACUUUUACAUUCAAUCCCCUGUUCAAUUCGCGCAUCUAUUUAGUUGUGCAACUAAAUGAUGAUUUUAUACAUUCCAAUUGAUAUUUGUGUGUUCACAAAA